GUGUUUUCACGUCACUUUAUACAUAUGCUGUUUUUGCAAAAAUAUAUAUUUGAGCCACAUAUAAACUGAUCACCUGUAUGUUUUUUGUUCUACGUGGUUAGUUUUGUGCAUCUUGUGUGUAUCUUUAGUGUUUAAUCCAAAAUAUUAACCUUCAUUUGUGAAAAAUGACGUUAACUUUUUCUGGUUGUUUUUCAAUUGAGUUUUCUUGUUUAUUAAUUGACUUUUAACGUUGAUUCGAUUAUCUUGAAAUGGGGGCAGUUUUGAGUGUUCCUGGCGUCGAGAGUUUGGGGUGUCAUACAUUUAAACACAGGGUCAGUGGGAGAGAAACAGUUGCCGAGUGUGUGUCGGUCGAUUUCAGAAGAGUGCUGCGUUCAUCCAAAUUCAGACCAGCAGAGGGUGCAUCUGGAGCAGUUGGGAGCAAGAGUAGCGUGUCAGAAUGGAGGGACACUCUACACGCUCUGGUCGCACUGUACAACACAUGUCUGCCCAACAUCACCCCAGAACUACUCUACUCCACUGUCUGUUCCAAGGGAGCCAGGACUCUGAUGUUAGUGAUGUCGCCAGAAGAGGCACUUGAGGACGUCUGCUUCCGCUAUGGAGCCCGCAGCCGCCUCGAACACAUCACUCUGGGGGAGUCCAACACCGUGUGCAGCUCCUCGUCUGUCGCCAGUCCCUUCUCCACCGCUAUGGGAGUCGACAGUGACUACUCUGUGGACUUGUCGAAUGGUGCAAACAUCGGAGGAGCUAAAGGUGACACAGGUUUGGAGGCCGGCUUUUCCAGUACUACCGCAGAAGGAUCGAAUCCCGGACCUGGAGAUUCCAAAACUCGGAUUCGGGAAAAUGAUAUUGCAGAAGGAGACAGGGAUCCACCGACAGUCGCUGGUAGUUCGAGGAGUAGUCAACAUCCAGAGGCGAUCCCAGAUGGUGCAGACAGUCGAGGAAAAGAUGAAAGUACUGAGGUUCCAAAAGUGGAUGGAUGUGGCAGCGGAUGGCACCAAGUAGAAUACACGGAAGAGGAGGAAGAGGCAGCUCAGCAGGUGUGUCCAAACUGCAGAAAGAGCAAGUAUUCCAAUGUGUACAGCGACGAAGAGGAAAGUGAAGACAGCCAAUCAGAGGGUGACACGACAUCAGACGAGGACGAGGGCGACAGCAGUGACGACGAAGAACAAUACAUGGUUGGAGCGGACGAGUUCCUAGAACAAGUCCAUAAGAGGAAAAAGUUACGCAACCACAAUGUAGAUAAACGACUAGGAUUAAACUUGGACCAUAUUGGAAUUGAAAACCGGCUUUUUGCUUCCAUCACUUUUGAAAAACGAAUUCUAAACAGCGAAUCAAUCUCGUAUCUUACAGUGUUGAGUGUACGCAGACGUUGGCGGGGAUUGAAACUCGGCCAAUUUUUGGUCCAGCUUGUGAUUAAGCUGGCAGGGAGUUUGGACCCUUUGAUAGUUCUCGCAGACGAUGAUGCAAUCGAGUUCUUCGAGAAGCAAGGCUUCCUUCAUGAUCCCAUGAUCUGCAGUAAAUAUGACGAACUUAAAAACGAAGGCUCUUGGACCAACUGUACUGUCAUGGUUAAAUUACCCAAACUAAUUCCAGAAGCCAAAGAACUGGAAGAAAUGGAUAUUAAAGAUAUAGAAAACGUGGUCGAGAAAAAAGUGGAAAAAUGGCAGCGACAUGCGUUGAGUCUUUAUCAAGAGCAAGUGUCUUUAAUCACUCAAUUGAAAAAAGAAAUCAUAGCUGGAAGAGAAAAAAUGAAAGAACAGCAGAAAAAGAUCAAGCUAUUAACCGACGAACUAAAUCAGCAAUACACGAACGAAGUUAGAAAUAAUUCGGCCUCAAAACUAGACGAAGUCUCACGGAAUGAAAUAAGUUUGGUCGAGUCACAGAUUGAAAAGUUGAACUUGGAUUCAGUUUUAAAGGAAAUGGAGCAAAAUGGAAACGAAAGAAGUUCUCAAAUAUCGAAUCGAGGUGACUCCUCAAAUGAAUACAUAGUCGUCACGCCUGUUUCCAGCCAAACUUCGGACAAAACCCGAACAAUUUCACCACCCGAAGUUUCAGUUAGAGACAAAAAAUUUGCUUCUCUAGAAAUCACAAAUAAAACACAGGAAGAGAACCUCGAAAAAGUGAUUAAAAUGUUUAAUUUAAGUUUGAAAAACUCAAACAUGCACCUUUUUAACCAAAUCAAAGUCGUUCAUGUUCAUCGAGUUCUUAGCGAAGAGACGAGCCCAAUUUAUUUUACAUGUGAUGAUGACGAAGAAUGGACUCCGAUGUUUUAUAGUGGCUCUAUUUUGUCGGUGUCAGACAUCAAAGGCAUUCGGGACAGGGGGAAAUUUUCGAACUUCAAUUUCACUUAUGGCGACUAUGGAAUCGGACUUUACUUUUCUCGUUUCGCCGAAGUGGCCGUGAAAUUCUCCAAGCUGAACGCAAUUGUAGUAGCUUCAGUGAAAACAGGAGUUCAAACGUCUACUUUGAAAGCGGACUCGAACAGAAGAAGUGCGGGAGAAAACUUUGACUCGCUCUGGACUCCUGGACGUCUAAGUGGCACUUUGGGGGGAUCUCCCAGGAGAGAUCAAGCAGCUUCUUCUUCUUCUUUCUCUUCAGAUACUAAUGCCGGCGGAAAAUGUCAAGAGUUGCUCAUAUUUGACACUAAACGAGCAGUACCGUCACAUGUCAUCGAAUACGUUUUCAAGUAAAAACGAAUAAUUGGCCAACAGCACAAAGCUUCAAUCAUUCGAGCAGGAAUAACGAUUCAGGCUGUGUAUAUCUUUCGGUUUCUCAUGUUAUUAUGGGAAAAAACCAGAAAAGGUCAAAAAUAGCCUAAAACGAGACUACUCGCAAAAAUAUCAUUGCUGAAUCACACUCUAAAUUAAAAACUCACCAAAAAAAAUGCAAUAAAAUUUGCCAAAUGUCUGAAUAUAAUGCAAUUAUAACCUCUUCUUCAUAUCAAUGACUGUUUGUACCUAUUGAAUUUGCAUUUUGAAAUUUAUACAUG